AUGAAUCAAAGCGAUCCACAAGAUAGAAAAAAUCCACCUAUGGAAUACUCUUUAACCAAACAUCUCUUUUUUGAUAGGCUUCUACUUAUCCUUCCCAUAGAAUCUAAUUUGAAGACGUAUGCUGACGUGGAAGCAGAUCCAGUUUUCAAUUCAUGUAGGUCCAUCAUUUUGAAUAUAGCCAUCACUAAAGACUUGAACCCUAUCAUUGAAAACACAUUAGGUUUAGUUGAUUUGAUUGUGCAAGAUGAAGAGAUCACUUCUGAUAACAUCACCGAUGAUAUCGCCCAUUCUAUAUUGGUUCUUUUGAGAUUACUAAGUGAUGUUUUUGAGUAUUACUGGGACCAAAACAACGACUUCAAGAAAAUUAGAAACGAUAAUUAUAAACCGGGGUUUUCAAGUCACAGACCAAACUUCCAUACGUCUAGGCCAAAGAACACGAGGAUCAAUCCAGCUUUAGCCACGGUUUUGCUAUGUAGAAUUUCUAAGCUGAAGUUCAAUACAAGAACUUUAAAGGUUUUACAGAACAUGUCUCACCAUCUUUCUGGCAGCACCACUAUUUCAAAAUCUAGUAUUUUGCCCGAUUCACAGGAGUUUUUGCAAAAGAGGAACUAUCCGGCAUAUACUGACAAAAUAGAUUUAACAAUAGAUUAUAUUCAGAGAUUCAUAUCUGCCUCCAAUCAUACAGAGUUCACGAAGUGUGUCAAGACAAAAGUUGUUGCGCCUCUAUUCAUAUAUCGCACACCUCAACCGAGUUGGGCGUAG